CUGUCAGUUUGACAGCUGUGUGUUUGCGGAAGAGAGGUUAAGAACCACGAGGGAUCGUCCAGAAGUAUAAGGAGAGUAUAAGAAAUACAAGAACAUGUUAAUUAUUUGAAUGCAUGGUAAAUAAUUAUUAUACGACAAAUUUAUAUUGAUAUAUAUAAUUUCAGUUAUCGCAGCUGAGGCAUUAACAAAAAGAUUAUUGGCCCGAUUGGCCGUAUCGAGCCUUCCAGAGAAUCGGAGUCAUACGAAUAGGAAAAGAAGAAGAAGAAGAAGAAAAUGAGCUGGGACCGCUGGGACAGAGAAUGGAAGAAAACAACGAUGACUAUGAGAAAGGUAGAGAUGAUGGUCAAUGGAGGAGGAGAUGCAAACACCAGUGGGAAAUAUCAGCGUCAGACGAUCCGCGCUACGCUUGUCAUGCGGCAUACUCGCCACGGACUCUGAUCAGUCUGAUCCAUCGUCACCAUGUGUCCUCGCGGUAAUCUCCAUCGCUCUUUCGUUGAUAAAUUCAUCGUUCACCAUCUACACGAGGAAUUUGGGAUACACCAAAGUCAUGAGCAUCGUCGAGCAAAUGGUUCAUCACAUCUCCGAGGAGAAUCCUGAAUGGACAGUUGCAGAGAGAUCGGCGUGGAUUGACAGUCUCCAGGUCUUCGGUUUCAGCAGGGCUAUUCAAGUCUUCGGAUUAAAUCAAUUUAAAAAGAGUUGCGCCAAGAUAUCGAAAGGCUGUAAUUGCGUUCUCGCGAAUUAUAUUUCCCCACACAGCACAGUUUCUAAAUCCGAUAUUGCUUUCUCUUUGUUUGCAUCGUGCAUCGCGCAUCGUGCCUCGCGAGCAAAUCUCUUUUCUCAAAAUAAUGUUAAAUAAAUUGUUAAAAUACUGUGAAAUACUACUGUUAAAUAAAU